GCUGCCUGCAAGUCAUUGCGGGAAGAGAGGUCCAUUGCCGUAAUUUCCGUAUAUCUUCCCUCUCUCUUUCUUUCUCCAUCAUCAUCAUCACCACAUGACUUCUGAAUGAAUAGCUGAUCAGCGAUCACCCACUUCCUCCAUUCCCUCUUAUCUCUCUCUCUCUCUCCGUACCUAAUUAAUAAGCAGCAAUAAGGCCAAUAAACCCAACCCAACCCACCCAGCCUCUGCCUAGCAACUAGCAACCAAACUACCUUCUCCCUUUCCGGUUUCAACCGUUAAAACCACCACCGCCCUUCCGCCGGCGACCAACCAUUUCUUAGAAUUCACAGUCAUGAAGAGGCACAGAAACGCCACAGCAACCGGAACGGACUCCGCCACCCAAACCACCUCCGCCGCCGCAGCCUACAACUUGUUCGAUCUCCUCUCCGACGAGAUCGUCUUCGCCAUCCUCGACUUCCUCGCCGCCUCCAGCCCGCUCGACACCAAGUCCUUCUCCAUGGUCUGCAGAUCCUUCUACCUCGUCGAGUCCCGCCACCGCCGGAUUCUCCGGCCCCUCCGCCACGACCACCUCCCCAGGAUCCUCUCCCGCUACCCCAAUGUCGCCCGCCUCGACCUCUCCCUCUGCCCGCGAAUCACCGACGCCUCCCUCGCCCUCGUCUCCCGCACCUCCUCCGCCGAUUCCCUCCGCUCCAUCGACCUCUCCCGCUCCAGGUUCUUCUCCUACAGCGGGCUGCUCAGCCUCGUUUUGAAUUGCAGGAAUCUGGUCGAAAUUGACUUGUCCAAUGCCACCCAGCUCAGGGACGCCGCCGCCUCCGCGGUGGCCGAGGCUAAGAACCUCGAGAAGCUCUGGUUGGGGAGGUGUAAGUUGAUUACCGAUAUGGGAGUUGGGUGUAUCGCGGUUGGUUGUAAGAAGCUCAAAUUGAUUAGCUUUAAGUGGUGUUUAGGCGUUACUGAUUUGGGCGUCGAGUUGAUUGCUGUCAAGUGCAAGGAGCUUCGGAGUCUGGAUCUUUCUUACUUGCCGGUUACAAAUGAAUGUUUACCAGCAAUUCUGAAACUACAAUACCUUGAAGAUCUUGUUCUAGAAGGAUGCUUUGGCAUAGACGAUGAUGGUCUUGCUGCACUUCAACAUGGCUGCAAAUCGCUCAAGAUGCUUGACAUGUCUAGUUGUCAAAACAUUACCCAUGUUGGUUUAUCUUCCUUAAUCAGUGGCGCAGGGAGACUAGAACAGCUCACUUUGGCAUAUGGCUCUUCGGUCACUCUUGCUCUUGCAAACAGCUUGAAAAUGCUUCCUUCCUUGCAAUCUAUAAAACUCGAUGGUUGCUUCGUCACAUCCAGUGGAUUGAAGGCCAUUGGGAGCUUGUGUAUAUCACUAAAAGAGUUGAGUCUAAGCAAGUGUGUGGGAGUGACGGAUGAUGGCCUUUCCUCCCUUGUAAUAAAGCAAAGAGAUCUGAAGAAACUGGAUAUCACGUGCUGCCGCAAGAUAACCGAUGUUUCGAUUGCCCAUAUCACCAGCACUUGCACCAAUCUAGCUUCUCUCAGGAUGGAGUCAUGUACCUUGGUCCCGAGAGAAGCAUUUGUCUUGAUUGGUCAAAGAUGUCAUUUCCUUGAGGAGCUUGAUUUGACUGAUAAUGAGAUUGAUGAUGAAGGUCUGAAGUCCAUUUCAAGGUGUGCCAAACUCUCUAGCUUGAAAUUAGGGAUUUGUCUGAAUAUAAGUGACGAUGGACUCUCUCAUAUUGGGGCCUACUGCUCAAAGCUCACUGAGCUUGACCUCUACAGAUCGGCUGGAAUUACAGAUCCUGGAAUCUUAGCAAUUGCUUCAGGGUGUCCUGAUAUAGAGAUGAUCAAUAUGUCCUAUUGCCAGGACAUCACAGACAGUUCCCUCAUAUGUUUAUCAAAAUGUUCAAAGCUCAAGACUUUUGAAAGCAGAGGAUGUCCUCUGAUCACAUCUUUAGGGCUAGCAGCAAUUGCUGUAGGGUGUAGGCAGCUCAACAAGCUAGACAUAAAGAAGUGUCACAACAUUAGUGAUGCAGGGAUGCUUCCACUUUCUCACUUUUCCCAAAACCUCAGACAGAUUACGCUAUCAUAUACUUCAGUCACGGAUGUAGGGUUGCUGUCGCUCGCCAGCAUCAGCUGCCUACAGAGCAUAACUGUGUUACACUUGAAAGGCUUAACUGCCAGCGGAUUGGCGGCUGCCUUGCUGGCCUGUGGCGGACUAAUAAAAGUGAAACUCCAUGCUUCUUUCAAACCAUUGCUUCCCCAGCUUCUCUUUGAACACCUGGAAGCUCGUGGCUGUGUAUUUGAAUGGAGAGACAAAGAGUUUCAGGCUGAGUUAGAUCCACAGUGCUGGAAGCUACAACUAGAGGAUGUCGCUCAAUAGGAAACCCUCCAUCGAGCCGCCAAUGGCAACGAGGAAGCACGGCUUGUUUUAAGACCCCAGUUGAAGUCAAGCAAAGGAAGUGAAAGGAAGCUUGUGAAGCAACUAACAGACGGUCUGCAGUAGCAAUCCACGAGCAGUUUGGAGAGAGUAGACGAAGUGAUGAAGGAACCGGAACCUUCUGAUGGUGGUUACACUUGAAACAAAACCUCCAUAGCUGCUUUGUACUCUCCUUGGUCCCUAUCUAUCAAUAGAAAACCAGAUGCUAUGGUUUGGUGUUGUGUUUUUGCCACAUGUAUUAUUGUUCCAAGAGUUAAGUCAUAACGAAGAAGAAAAGAAAGGUGAUAGAAUAAUACAUGCUAGGCUAGGCUAGGCUAGGCGCAUUUGUAGUUGUAUUGUGCCAGUGUGGACAUUCUUUUCUUUGUUGUACAACAUCAAACAAAAAAACGAGCAAUAGAAAGGAAACUGAAAAUGCAUGCCCGAUCUGUCGAACACGUUGUUGCUUUGAGUUGGUUUUUUUUUACAGGUGUGAAAUCAAAACUUGUCUCGGAC